AGAUAAAGUCCACACAGCGGGACACAGUUUUCAAAGGGGUUGGACGCUCUGUGGUAACUGCACCAGCCGCCAUGACCGUCUGCAAAGGAGCGGAUCGAACGCUCAUCGGCCUUCUCGUCGUUGCGAUGGCAGCGGCGGAGGUGCAGGAGAAGCUCUCGCCCGAGUGCAAAAAGUUCCUGUACAUGGGCACUCUGCCUCGGGGGCUCGAGGAGCAGCCUUUCAAGAAGAUCUGCCAGUUCUACGAGGGCCACCCACGAUUCGUCACCCUGUACGACACCGCCAACCACAUCCCUGUGUAUUCUGCGUACACCUUCAAGCGCUCGGACGGCUCCAAGAAGGUGGAUGUGCCUUGGAUGUAUGAGCCACAGCUCUCCACAGCGUCCGACUCCCGUGAGAUGCAGCAGUUCCCUUCGGAAAACGUUCACAGGAAUUUUGAGGACGCUCAGGCCGUGCUCGACGACUACUCCAACUCCGUGAUCUUUGAACGGGGUCAGCUGAAUCCAGACGAGCACCAGGGCGAGCCCAACGACAAAGCGUCCACUUACACCCUGACCAACGUGGUCCCCCAGGUCCGAGAGUUCAACAUCGGGCCCUGGAAGCAGCACGAGCACACCAUCCGCAGGCGGCUCAACAACUACUGCCGCGGCACCGCCUACGUGGUGACCGGGGUCACCACCUCGGGCAACACCAUCCGCCGACACAACAUCAACCGCCUGGGCAUCCCCACCUACCUCUGGUCGGCCUACUGCUGCAUUGAUUUUGACCGCAAUGCGCCGUACUCGGAGCGGUCAAAGUUUCCUGCGUUUGCGGCUCACGGGAUGAACGAGAGGGAGGACAGUAAGGUUCAGGAGAUGACCGUGCAACAGCUGGAGGAGUUCCUGAAGAAGGUCACUUACGUCAGCAGCUCUUUCCAGGUCUUCUAUGACAACUGUGUGCCUGUCAAUGGUGGUAGUAGUGCCCUGCAUCUGCCUUGAGGAAAUGGGCACUGGUCCUUCUUAUUUAGACAUACAGAAGCAAUUCAACAUUUAGCAGCUGAGUGAGUGAAUCAUCUAAAAUAUUUUAAGAAAUUUACGAACAAUUACGACAGUUUCCUUAAAUAAACCUAAACUGGUUGCCCACACAUAUUUGCUUUGUGGCAGCUUGUUUAGUGUUUCAAAUGUUAGUCACAUCACUAUUACUCUGGGUUUUAUACAAUCUGACUAAUAUUUACCCAUCUUUCUGAGAGGAUGUUGUUAAAGAAUUUAAAGAAGUGGACCUGAGGGUUUAGAUAUUGUUACAUAUCCUUAGAAGGGAAGACUGAUCCUCUGUGUUUAAAUCUGUCAGGCAAUAUCAAAGAAUUGUAACCAAGGUAUGUUUCUAUACUUUGCAAAUUGUCCAAUUUAUUAAUUUCAAUUACGUUGACGCCGAUGAUGUAUAAACUCGCUAUCAAAGCCCUA